AUGACAUGUACUGACGAUGGACUUGAAAGUACCGCUAUCUUCAAAUCCGAGAUGAACUCCACCAUUGAGACCAAUACCAUCUGCCAAGGUAAUGACUGUAUCCAACCUCAGAUAGAGGAAAAUACAAAUAAUUCUGACAUGUCAAUGGAAUCAUCCACAUCCACAUCAGAAAGUGAGAGCAUGGUUGAUGGGAUUGAGGAUUUGACACUGGGCCACGAACAGACCAGAGUACAGUUGAAGGUUGAUAAAGAAGAUGUAUUGGAUAAAAUCGAAAUGCUUUGUUUCGAUCCUCCAAAGUUGCUAGGUAACUCGACUGUGACCUUUGACCAAACGAUGGGGAUGGUUUCAAUAUCGAACAACCAACGUGAAUGCACCACACACUCUUGCCUGUAUGGACAAAUCGAACCAGGAGAGAUAUACCUGGAUAUGACCGGGUAUACGAAUCACUUACUUUGGCGACCUAUGCCCCAAAUGGAUCAACAUUUAGAAGUCUACACAUGUAGGGCAAUGAGUAGCAAGUCAGAAGUUGAUCGUGAAACGUUUACAAGAGGUAUUUUCCCUGAAAUGAUUGAAGGAACAAAAUCGAUUGACAUCACCCAUAUUUCAGUGGACAAACGUAUAGGGAUGGUGGUUUCAUUACUGGACGGAUUUCCUACCCGGACAUUGGACGAGGAAACUGGUAUCAUCAAGCUUGCUGAGAAAUCGUUGACUUGUAUGCGCAACAACUGCCUGUUCGGAUCAAUCUGGUCAGGUGAGACUUAUUUGUACCGCACUCAAGGUGAGCAUAGUGACACAACUGAAUACGAACAUUUGUUAUGGUAUGAGACCCCGGAUGACGGUAACAAACUCGGAGCAGUGACUUGCCGUUCCGUAGAAACACCAGCCCAAGCGAUUGCGGAGGGUUAUAUGAGAGGAUCCUCGGAUUUCAUGUGA